AUGACGAACACUAUGCCUGUCAGAAGUUAUCAGAAUUGUUCAGAGAACGAUGUCGUUGGCUACAACGAUUGUCCUGAAUCUCUUUUCGUUAUGCCAGCGGUAAAAGCAGCCAAGAAAACAAGACCAAGGCGUAUCCCUGUUAGUGUGAAUACUGAUACUCAAUCAAGUAAAAUAAACGAGGGUGUUUCUUCAGAAUCAGCAAGCAAAGAUGAUGACGUGUUAAAUUUACCAAAGUCAAGGUUAGCCAAAGCGAGUGCAGUACCGCCUCCGCCAAUAGGACGGAGAUCUACAUCUUCAUCGGUAUCAUCGUUAAUGUGUGACUCGCCAACACCUCUUCAAUCGAGGUCAUCUAGCAUGUCAACCUUAGACAAUGUGUCACUAUUAGAUGAGAAUGAAUUGAUGAAAAAAGUGGCUAAUAUAUUGAAUGCUGAGUCAAAGUUAUCAAAUAAAGAAUAUGAAUAUUACAAGGGCAAAAUCGAUAGCAAUUUAGAGGAGAGUUUAAAAAAUGAUAAAGUGAGAAUAUUCCUAUCUAGAUUUUUUAGCGAGCUAGAAUCUUCAAAAAAUAAGGAAUUCGCUCAGAAAAUACUACUUCGAGGUAUGACAUCUGAUACAACAAUCAAUAGCUGGUGUCCAGCCUUUCAUAAGAUUUUUGAUAAUGCCAGCUGUUGCUGA